ACACGCGACUCUCAGGGCGCAGAGGAUUUGUAUACAUGCUUCUAAUUGCGCGGCAGGUGGAGCGGCCGAACGCCGUGUUGUUAAAGAGAAACUACAUCAGUUCUCCAGGAGGUAGAGAUGGAGGAGCUUUAUCAGACAGCAGCUCUUUCCUCUCCGAGGUGUCGCUGAGGAAAGACGUCGCAGUGAGUCACGGCCGGUUGUUGUUGAGUGUUACCAUCAGUUGUGUCAGUGAACCGAGCUGCGUUAGCUAAUGUAGCCUCUACAGAACCAUGAGCCACCUGCAGUGUGGCGGGCUGAGGGACACCUUGUAGUCGUAGUUCGUGCGGGACUGUGGGACACGUGUCGCAUGUAACAACACACCCCUUCUCUACUGCAGCAGAUGUUCACAGUUCUGCCGAGUACGUCACCGGAAGUGGAAGCAACUUCAAAGGUCAGCUCAGUGGAGUAUGGCGAGCCUGAUCAUUAGAGCCAGAGGACCAUGGCCUUGAGCAUCUCUUCCUCAGAAAGCCGACUAAAUAAAAUCGGGAUUCAGCACUGCUACAUAUGAGCGUUUGGACCUGCCCUCCCCACAGCUGUAAGGAUACGCACAAGUCCAUGUUCUCGUGUGACCCUCCAUCGGUCUCUUCCACAUGCACAAAGCACAAGAGCUGCCGCAGCAAAUCAAAAUACCUCAAGAGAGCGAAGGGGUUCAUGUCUUCAGUAAAGGGAGGUUCUCAUCUGUCCUGGCGGGCCAAGAGACGCUUGUAUUGUAAAUUACAGCUUUGGAUGUGGAGGAAGCGGCGAGAGAAAUGUCGUUGUGGGAUUGGCAGAUCAAAGAAAAGAGCUUGUGGGAUCAGCUCGGGACCCUGCCUCAACCCAAAGGCACAGUCUCAGAAAAAUAAAAGGAAGGUUCCAACGUACCACACAGUAAACUCAGAGAACCAACAAGCCAGAGCAUCGGCUGUUAUGUCACCACUUGGUUGUAAUACUGAAGCUUCAGAGGACUCGCUCGGAGGACAGAUCCGCCUCCUGCAGCCACGUGAAACUGUCAGUCGGUCAGAGACUCUGAGAGCUUCCGGCGUCUUGCAGAACCAGGUCACGGACACGAAUGAACCUGCAGGCGCCCUCACUCAAGCCGUGCCGUCUCAAAGAAGAGAGACCUUUGAUCAGUGUUGUGAAAUGGCAGAGCCUUCAAAACGCUCUCACACUGUCAAACCCCUGCUAUGUACAGAGAGCGAAGCUUGUGUGGGGACCAUGAGGUUUCCAUCAGGACAAUGUACUACAGUCACUCCAGGUCACGACAAGAAUUCAAACAGUUAUACUGAUGAGAGAUUCAACGGUAUAAGGACUUCUAAAACCGAGGUUGGCCUUAAAGCCCUGACGAAGAACAUCCACGAGUUCCUUGAUGAGUUUUACACGAUAUACGGAAGUUUCAUUCCGCUACAAAAGAGCGACGUGUUGAGACACCUGAGGAGGAAGUUAAACACGGAUUUCAGUGACAGGAAAAAUGUCGUCUUCUCAGAGGUCACCAAAUACAGAAGAGCGGCCGUUCAGAAAGCCGUUCCCUCCUUCCAGGUGGUCUACAGGAAACACACACUGACACUGGAGGAUUUGUCGACACUGGCAGAUCAGAACUGGCUCAAUGACCAGGUCCUGAACAUGUAUGGAGAAUUGAUUGUGGAAUCUGCCCAUCACAAGGUCCAUUUUCUCAACAGCUUCUUCCACCGACAGCUCAUGACUAAAGGAUAUGAUGGUGUUAAGAGAUGGACAAAGCAGGUGGAUUUGUUUUCAAAGAGUUUGCUUCUGGUGCCCAUCCACCUGGAGGUCCACUGGUGUCUGGUGACUGCUGACUUUGUCAAAAAGAAAAUCUGCCUUUAUGACUCUCAAGGGAUUGCGCUCCAGAAGGUUGCAAGGAACAUCCUGAAAUACUUGAUGGCAGAAGCGAAGGAGAAGCAGCAAACGGAUUUUGAAGGUGGUUGGACGGUGUCGUAUGAUGAGAAAAUCCCACAGCAGACCAAUGAAAAUGACUGUGGAGUUUUUGUCUUGGAGUACUCUAGACGCCUCGCUUUAGCAAAACCCCUGCAGUUCUCACAGAAGGACAUACCAAAGAUACGUAAGAGGAUCUACAAAGAGCUCUGUGACUGUAAGCUCCACGAGGAGGGCUGACGACUGUCUUACAUGUAUGUAUUAUGUGCUGCUUCCAAUUUGGGUACGAAAUCAGCAGGCAAUGCUCUCUGUGUGUGCAGGGCUUCCCUACCAGCUCACAGCACUGUGAGGACAUGUGUGACCCCAGUGGGAGAGAGUCAUUUUUUGUAUCUGGUGCACUGUUCAUGCUAAACCAUAGUUCUUAUGAUAACUGAAUUAAUCUGAUCGAUAUUUAAUCAGUUAUUUAUGUUGUUGCUGGAGUUUCCACAUCUACGAGGCACCAACGGAGCCUUAUUGAAUUCACUGCCUGAUGAAAUGGAUCUAAUCUUUCAUGGUCCAUGUCUGUGUUGAUUAUUUACUAUUUAAACUGUAAAUCAUAUUUGCACAUUUUGAAAAGUCAGAUUUUACAUUGGCAACUUGUAGUUUUUUGCAUCGUAGUUUACCUCUCAGCACCGGGUGACCGGGUAGAGACCAGGUGUGUUUUGUUCAUAAAGAAAAUGAUUGUUUUUGUUUGUUGCAUAAUAGAAAUGUGUUAUUGAGUUUUAAAUAAAAGCAGAUGUUGACUAA